AUGGGGGAUCUGCAGAAAAUUCGGGAUGCGUUUGGCCUCGCCAACGACUUCCUAAUCCCGGUACUUGAUCGAGAGCAAAUACGAAAGACUCAGGGAACCUCAUUGCUCGGUAUCCUGAGCCAGACGUCAGGGGAUGAUGCUGCGAAUGACGAUGUGGCGAGACCGGCCAUCAUCGGAAAGGCCUUGGAUAUCUUGGCCGGUAUUCAUGCAUCCUUUGCUUCCUCUGACGGUGGAGAUCCAUCUCAACAACUCGCUACAGAAGGCGAAGAUAUGGCCAUGGAAGACGCCAAGCGACGCCGGAUGCUGCAUGCACUACUAGACUUGAUCUCUUUGGAAGGGAUAUAUCCCUCGCUUUCAUCUGGCGUUGGGAUCCCUCUUCAACAGCGAGUGAUGUCAGUUCUACCAGCCGGGGUCAUUGCAAAGCAAGUCGAGACCGUUGCUAGCAGUGUACCCCGCAACGUGACUCUCUUACGCCGGAUCAUAGACGUCUUGGUGGAUAUUAUUUUUGAUUCGAGGCCAAGCAUUCAGCCGGUAAUUCGCGGUCGUAUCCUCAGCGACAUCAUCAGCGGCACCUCCGAUCUUGCCUUCAACCCGCAUUCCACACCGUCAUAUGACAAGGGCAUCUAUCGAAACUCAUUGGCCAAGAUCAUCGAAGAUACUCCUACUACAGUCUUGCUACCCACUCUGUCUAAUUUCCUUCAAACUGACAUCACGCAAUGGUUCAAGACAACCAUUUCUGGUCAGAUCUCGCACGUUCCAUUACGACCAGGUGGAGUAGUGCAAACCAUCAUGUUCGUCGCUUCGCAAUUUGCACCAUCGUUGGGCCAAGAGGCCCAGGACCAAUCCAGCGGGCCUCAUUUGACGGUGCAAGCGAUCAUGCAAAUUUCGCGGCUCCUGUCUUCUGUGCCCCACGAUGUUGAUUCGGUUGUGUAUUUUGAGAAGAUUGCCCCGCAACUACUUGCCUUGAUUGACGGCGAAGAUCUAGAUCUGAGGAAAACUGCUUCCUACGUUGUCGGCAAUGGCAUUCUGGGAAAACGUGCUUAUGGAGCACCUGGUACUAUCGGCCAUUUGAUAUUUGUGGAGCCAAUCUUCAAAGCACUAGGAGGUGAACUUGAUGCUAAAUCCAAGCGAUGGAUGACCCGUUUCUCCGACAUUGAGGGCUGUAUGCCAGACGUCACAGAAGGGAACCCCUCAUCUAAUAUGUUGGUCGAUGGGGCAACAGUCAAUCUGGCGAUCGACCGAAUAAAAUGCUUGACACUGCAACAUCCAAACCCAGGCCUGGUGAAACGGCUUGUUUACCCGAUUCUUCUUCCUUUAUGGGGACUUGCUUGUGCUUCCCAGGAGGAACAAUUGUCCAUCAUUCAUGAACGGGUGUUGCCCCUGUUACAAACAUAUUUCGGUAUCUCCGUAGGAGUACAACCCCUCAAAAAGAUUGUCGACAAUCUUCUAUGGGAUGGUGGUCUGACGUGGACAUACGUUAAGGACUCAGACGACCAACUGGCUUUGAGAAAGCGAACAGAAGAGCAUGACGAUCAUUCCAAAUUCAUCAAUUUGAUUGAUUCCCUGCAAACACGUGCUGAGCUAUUUGUUAGUCUACUAGGUUCAGACCCGAGCAGUGAAGAGAUAACUGGGGAUAUCUUUCUCUAUGUUAGUGAAACAUGGCUUGUGCAGCCGCAGCAUUCAACACGGCCUCAGAACACUCUGGAAGAAGGACCUAUUGGUGACAGUGAUAAUCUCAUCCGAAGCCUUGUCAGUGCCAAGGUCGCCGAGAAAUUGCUCGACAACUUUAAAGAAACGCUUUCUCGGCGUCCGCUCCGCGUCUUAGAGCUGAUAAAACAAGUUAUUGAUGGAGAGCUUCAUAAACUCAAAGCACAAGCAGCGGCGAAACAAGGAACUGAAACUGGCAAGGUGUCUUUGUCCAGUUUGGCCAAUAUUGUAGAAAGUGAAAACAAAGACUACGGGGAUGCCGGCAAUGACUCCUUUGAGUCAUUGACAACAGCAUUCAGUUUGCUUUCUACUGUUAUUGCAUCGCCAGACUUCUCGCCGUCAGAAGAUAUCCUGCCUCUCUUGAAAUCUCUAAAAGGCGGCAUUGAUCAACUCAUCCCUCUUCUUCCUUCCUCUCUUUCCAAACCUGGCAUGACAUCUUCCAUGCUUCUCGAAAUCCAAAUCGCGUCACCUGAGCAUACAGGAGUCAAGCCAACGCCUGCCCACAUCUCAGAUCUUGAUACUCAUCGUCAAGCUUUGGCGAAUCUCAACUCAAACCUACCACCAGUACAAGCGGAGGGAUUGUCGCUCCUCUCAAAACUCAUCAUGAAUUCAUCGCCCGUUCUGGAUGUCCCCUCAUCCAUGUCAAUACUUCUCGCUGUCAUCACUGACACGUCAGGGGCCGCCGCGCCUGAACAAUAUAUCUACUUGAACGCCAUCAAGAUCGUUGGUACAUUGGCAGCACGUCACCCUCGCACGGUGGUGAAGACCUUGAUCGAUACCUAUGCCGAUAGAGCUGAGAUUACGAACCUUGAUGAGCGACUCAAAGUAGGCGAGGCUUUGUUGCGAACGGUCCAAGAUUUAGGCGAGGCACUAACCGGCGAGACGGCGAAAAUCCUCAGUGAGGGCCUCAUCGCUGUGGCAGGCCGCCGUCAGCUCAAGCCUCAAGCGCAAAAGGCUCGCCAGCGACGGCUUGAGAAAGAACGCCGUAAGAAGGAGCGCGAAGAGCGCAAGGCAAAGGAAGAUGCCCUCCUCCCGGCUGACACUGAGUCCCCUGAGCAAGCUGCCCACGCCGCAAAUGUCGUUGCUGCAUGGGCCGCCGGUGCCUCUACUGAUGAACAACCAGACGAUCUCCGUAUCCGCGCGUCGGCCCUCUCCAUUCUUGCCUCCGCCAUCCAGACAAACAUCAUCGGUCUUGGCCCUGCUAUUGUUUCCUCGGCUGUCGACCUCGCCCUUGGAACUCUCACUCUUGAGCCUGAAGUCGAGAGUGCCAUUCUCCGUCGCACGCGGGGGCGGGACAUCGGAUUUGGCUUUUCCCUCUCUGAUGGGGCAACUCCUCAAGGUUCCAACUCUAGUGGACAGUCCACCAUCGGCAACAUCCCCACCAUGCUGCACACCCUUGGGUUCGUCGAAAGUCGGGAAGAGGACGGAAUUGCCCGUGGACAUCUCCGCGCAUUGAUCGAGAGCUUGGAAGUCUGGAUGGAGAAGUCAUUGAUGUGGGCUAUUGGUGCCCACGAUGACCAGGAGACAUUAAAUCCUCAAUUUGGACUAUCUGAUAGAAUUGAGGGUCUGAAAGUGAACCCCUUGGGUGGUCAGGACGGCGCAGGACGGCCCCGAAUCGAGGAGAUUGAGUGA